CAAACUCACAAAAGCUCUCACUCAACAAUGGCGUCACUAGCUCCCGGAAUCCUCUUAAAACUCCUUCAAUGUAUGAACUCCGGCACUCGUCCCACCGGAGACCACAGAUCCGCCACAUUACAAGUCACCGGAAUCGUCCCAGCUCUCGCCGGCUCCGAUCUAUGGCCAAAUCAAGGCUUCUACGUUCAAAUCUCAGAUUCUCUCAACUCCACUUACGUCUCUCUCUCCGAACGAGAUACAGAUCUAAUCCUCAGUAACCGUCUUCAGCUAGGUCAGUUUAUUUACAUAGAACGACUCGAAUUCGCUACUCCGGUACCACGCGCCGCCGGAAUUCGUCCCGUCGCUGGUCGUCAUGCUUUCGUCGGAACUCCGGAGCCGUUAAUCGCAAGAGUAUCUAACGGAUCAAAACGAGAUUUCGUUAUUCAGCCUGUUUCGGACUCUGAGUACUCUCUUGAUCCUAUCGCUGUUUACUUAAACAAUAGAAGAUCCGACGACGACGACGGUGGUGACGGAGAUGUUUCGAAACCUAAUGUAAGGCAAGCGCUUGCUCCGGUGAACCAAAACGACGAGAAUCGUGAGAAAAUUCGAAAUCAGAAACCUAAAACGACGCCGCAGAGAUUCUCAUCACCAGCUUCGUCUAAACGGUCAGUCUCAUUGGUGAAGAAGAAUAGUUCUGGUGCGGCGGUGGUGGAGAGAGAUCCGUCGCCGGCGGUUUCUGGGAAAGGGAGGAGAUCUGCUUCUCCGGUUCCGUCGAAAUGUGUGGUGCCGAGUCUUGCGGCGGCGCGUGAGGAGCAGAGAAAAGUUGCUAGAGAGCCGGCGAUUGUUGUACCGUCUAGGUAUAGACAACCUUCACCUACUGGGAGGAAGAUGAAUCCAUCUCCUAGUGGAAGAAGAAUGUCGAUUUCUCCUGGACGAAGGCUUUCUAGUGGUUUGAAGAUGAUGUCUCCUAUGGUUGGAGACUCUUCAGGGAAGAAGAAGAUGGCGGCUUUUGCUGCAGGAAUCUCGAAAGUUUCAGAAGCUUUGGCCGGUUCUUCGGGCAAGAAUGGUAAUCGGAAGAACUGGGAUGAAGCUGAAGGAAAUGGUCAAAUUGAGCAUAAGGAGAAGAGUAGUCUCAAGAAUAAGCCUGAUCAUCAAGCAAUUUUGCGUACUCAGGCUGCUAUGACGAGGCGACUAAGUGAUGCGAAUAGGCGAAAGAGUGAUUCUUCAUCUUCGGCGUGUGAAGAGAAAGCGAAGUCGUGUUCAUCAGAGACUAAUUUACUAGAAGAAGUCUCAGCCUUUGAAGGAGUUGGUAUCACAUAUCAUGAAAGGAAAUGGACUGAUGGUAGUGUUCCAUUGGAUAGCAUUUCAGAGGAACUUGCAAAACUUGGAAAGGAGGCUAUGCAAAGAAGAGACUUUGCUGCUAGAGCUGCAGCUCGAGCUUUGGAGGAAGCCAAUGCAAAUGAGUGCAUUAUACGAUGCUUAAGUAAAUUCUCGGAACUUUCUUCGGCUUCCAAAGUGGAGAAUCCGUUGCGAAUCAUCAACCAGUUUUUAACAAUCUAUGAAGAUGUCAUGAAAUACAGUAAGAUAGCCUCAGAAGACAGUUUCAGCUCGUCAUCCGAUCAACAAAACCCAAUCUCUCUUUGGGUUGAAGCUGCAUUAGCUACUAACCUUGGUGUGGUGUCACUAGUGAAAAGCCAGAACAGCCACGACUCACCAUCGUCUCUGAAGAAAUCAAUGCCUACUCGUCUCUCUCCUGGACCAACCUCUAUGAAGACAGACAAUAUUGUUGGGAUGUGGACAGACAUAGAUGGUAUGAAGGAAACCGCAAAAUUCGCAGUGAACCUACAGUCCGAAAUGCAAUUAUGGUUCAUUAAGUUCGUGGAAGAAUCAUUAGACAACAAAAACGCAGCGAAGCGAUCUUUAGAUGGUAGUUCCAUAGCUGCUGUACUGUCUCAGCUGAAACAAGUGAACGAAUGGUUGGACCGGGUCGUGUCGAACCAGGAAAACCAAAUCACAACAAUGGCUUUAACAGACAAGAUCGAGCGGCUGAAACACAAAAUCUAUGGAUUUGUUAUCCACCACGUCGGAUCUACAUAUGACAACUCUGCUUCUUGAUUUCAUCUUUUGCUUUUAGUGUCUUCAAUGUUCUCACGCACGUUUCCAUGCUCUGUAAUACUAUGGCUCAUGUUUUUAAAGAUAAUUUAUCAACUGCCCGAGAAGAAUUUAGGUGAAAACCAA